AGCUCUCGGAGGGGGAGCGGGCUGGGCCAGGGGUGCGGCCGGGGCGCGCUGCGCCCGGCGUGGGUGAGGGCGGCCAUGGCGGUCUCGCAGGAGGAGGCCUCGCAGCUGCGCGAGGAGCACGCCAGGAUGGCCAAGGCGCUGCAGGAGGAACGAGAUCGGCGUGCCAGCGAGCAGGAGAAGCUCAAGGCGCGCACGCGCGACACGUUCCAGCAGCUGAAGGACCGUUGCAACGCCCAGGUGACCGAAAUGCAGGGGAAGCUGUCCCAGGCGGAGGCGGAGGCCGAGAGCGUGCGCGGCCGGCUGGCGGAGCUGCAGGACAAGCUGGCGGCCGCUGAGAAGGACAAGGCCGACAGCAUUCAGGAGGUGGUCGGCAAGGCGCGAGACCGGUGCCAGGAGCUGGCAAAGGAGAACGGCCGCCUGCAGGCCGAGCACCUCGGCGCGCAGAAGGUUCGAAUGGAAAAGAUGCUGGAUGAGGUGUCCCGCCAGUUCCUGCGGGACCAGUGUCUGAUAACAUCUGGGCGGAAGAGGCUCACCGGACGGGCCAGUCCCGUCAGGAACUUCAUGAACAGGAAGGCGAACGCCUGGCACCACGAGGGGCGGGGCCAGCUCGCUGGGGCGGCGUGGCAGGCCGCGCCAGACGACGGGCUCGGGGACCACCCGCUGGGCCCCGUGGCGGCCGCGGUGUACCUGAGGGAGAUCCUGACUUGCGAGGAGUCCCUCAGAGCCGCCUUCGAGCCCGUCCGGCGCGCGGCGUGGCGCCCAUGCCCCGAGGGGCUGCGGGUGGUGGACCGCGGCGCAUUCGCCCAGGCGGUGGUGCGCAUCUCCGCGUACUUCAACCCGUUGGAGCCGAUCACGCUGAGGAUGGCCUCCGAGGGGCGCCCGUAUUCGGUGGAGGAGGCCACGGGCCACUUCCGGAUGGCCCUGUGCCUCCUGGCGGACCGUCUCGAGGACGUCUGCCAGGAGCAGGAAAAGGCACUGGAGCCGCGGCCUUUACCGCCGCGACUGGCGUCCGCGGCCACCGCCGCCGACGCUCCCCAGGAGGAAGUACGCGUGCUGCAACGGGGAGCACUUUCCCCACGGCUGGUGAGGCCAGAGGAGAUCAGGCAGGCACCGCCGCUCUCGCGAGAUGGCGCGAGGCUGGAGUCGACGCCUCCUCUGUCGCCGAGGUGCCUGUUUGCUGACGAGCAGGAACGGGAGCAGGUCGCGGAGGCCCUGGCGGCCAGCCGCGCGCGCGCUGGCGACCUCCGGCGCGCCCUGGCGCGCGAGGAGGCGCUGCUGCUCCACCAGGCAGGGGAGACCCGGCGCCUGGAGCUGCUGAAGGAGGAGUUGGAGGUCCAGGACAGGCGGCGGCGGCCGCGCCCGACGCGGCGCCGCACGCCGCCGCCGCGCGUGCUGGCGAGCCUGGGCACGCGAGCCGCCCGCCCUGGCCGCGGCGCGCCAGCGGGCGGAGCGGCUGCUGGGAGGCAGACUCCGCGAUCCCAGGCACGGGCCUGCUCCCCUGGUUCUGGCCCGAUGAGCUUGGACGACCUGAAGCAGCACCUCGCGGUUGCGGACAGGCUGAAGAGGCGCGCGGCGGAUCUGGAGAGCGAGCUGGACGGGCGAGAGGAGCAGGUGGCCGAGCUCUCCGCCGAGCUGGAGGCGAAACAUUCUCGACUCUCCAUCGCGACCUUCGGGGACGUCUCCUUCUCGGAGGUGCCCCUGGCGGUCUGA